AUGGUCGACGUCAUCCCCGUGUCGUCGUACCCGUCGCACAUAUCUCUCCUCCCGUCGAUCCAACAAUGCAAUCUGACGAACCUGCCGGAGAACUACUUCCUCAAAUACUAUCUGUACCACGCGCUGACAUGGCCGCAGCUGUCAUUUGUGGCGGUGGUGCGUGGACGCGGGGGCAAACCGGGAGCGUACCCGAAAGUGGUGGGCUACGUGCUUGCUAAGAUGGAAGAAGAACCCACGGACGGGGUGGCACACGGACACAUCACGAGCUUGUCGGUGAUGCGGACACAUCGACGGCUGGGGAUCGCCGAGAAGUUGAUGCGCAUGAGCCAACGGGCCAUGGCAGAGAUGUUCAAUGCCGAAUAUGUGAGCCUGCAUGUGCGCAUGUCCAAUGUCGCCGCCCUGCAUCUAUAUCGAGACACGCUAGGCUUCGAGGUCGAAAAGGUCGAGAGCAAAUACUACGCCGACGGCGAGGAUGCGUACGCCAUGAAAAUGGAUCUGAAGAGCUUGCAGAUCAAGCAGAACGAGGUGGAAAGUGAAAAGGACGACGAGCAGGACGAAGGCGAUGCGGUUGGGUCGUUGGGCAACAAGGUCGACGGUGCUGCCGCCCAGGCUGAUGGUGAAGAGGCCAAGAAGGAGAAGAUGAUCAAGGUCAAGGUCGGCCAGAGGUUGGGAGUCGGCGACCUGGUGGAGCGGAAUGAGGGUUCGACCACCGCACAGUAUUGA